AUGGCCGACCAGCAGAACAUAUCCCAGAUCCUGGCAGCUCUAGCGGCCGCCCAGCCUGGCGCUUUAGCUGCAGGCUCGUUUGCGGGUUCAAUUCCCUCCUCAACUCCGCAUAUGAACCAAACUAGCUACUCCCUCCCGCCUCCUGAUAACACGGGAAGUGUCGAUAUUAGCGGUGUUCAGCCGGUUAAUACCGGGUCUGUGAGCAUCGCGGACGCGAUUGCCAAAGCCCGUGGUAUCGCGGCAGACAAGGGCAUUGCUUACGACCAACGAAGCGCAGAUCCACGACGGGACUCGCGAUCGUACCAUCGCUCGCGCUCACCGUCCAGAACACCGCCUCGGGUAGCGCGUGAUGUUUUUAGAGACAAUUAUAAUCCUUAUCGCGAUGAACGCCGUGGAGAUAGACGUGGGAAUGACCGUUCCUACGUAAGAGACCGAUCCUUUUCGCCUCGUCCUGCCGGCCGAGGAGCGGAAGCGUACGGUUCUCAGCCCGGCAGACCUCCACGAGGUGCAGGCGAACGAUCACCACCGGGAAGAAGAGGAACGGGGAUCGACGAUGUCUCAGAAACUAUAAACAUAGAUUCAAAGCUUGUGGGACUGAUUAUUGGUAGGCAAGGGGAUAACCUACGAAGGAUCGAGUCGGAUACCGGGACUCGGAUACAAUUUCUCGAUAGCCCUGAGUCUAAUAUCAACAUUAGACCAUGCAGAAUCACAGGACCCAGAGCCGCGCGAAAUGAUGCGAAGGCGGAAAUCUUUCGUAUGAUUAGCGAAAAUAAUGCUGCAAGAGGUGCAAACGCAAUCAGUGCCGGCGAUCGCUUUGCGUCUCGCGUGCAGCAUGAACCACCUAGCAGACCAUCUGGCUAUGGAGAGGAAGAGAAUUCGACAACCCAAAUGAUGGUCCCUGAUCGGACUGUAGGCCUGAUCAUCGGGCGUGGAGGUGAAACAAUAAAGGACCUUCAAGACCGCAGUGGAUGUCAUGUGAUUAUUGCGCCUGAGGAUAAAAGCCUCAAUGGCCUUCGACCCGUUAAUCUGAGCGGACCAGCGAGAGCUAUCCAACGCGCGAAAGAUCUAAUUCUGGAAGUUGUAGAGACCGACUCACGCCAGGGCAAUGCUCCACCACCGCGCGAACCACGAGGAUAUGCGCCAGAGAGAGAUACAGGGGGCCCACUGCCUGAACGAGGCGACGAUAGCAUCUUCAUCCCCAAAGAAGCAGUGGGGAUGAUUAUUGGGAAAGGUGGCGACACUAUAAAGGAAAUGCAAACCGCAACUGGAUGCAAGGUGAAUAUCUUGCCAGCAGUUGGCCGCGAUACCGACAGGGAAGUUGUGAUGAUAGGAUCGAGACAGUCAAUUGACCAGAUGAAAAGGAACAUUUUGGAGAAGGUGGAAGCUUUUAAAUCGCGGAGCCAAACGAGACGUGACGAUGGAUACAGCGACCGACCCUCCCAAACACAAUUUCGGAAUUAUCCCCAAGACCAGCAAAACAAGCCGUCACAACCACCACAGGGUCCAGUUUCAGCCGGAGGAGGUGGUGGUGGAGGCGGAGGAGGUGGUGAUAGCGCUGAUCCGUAUGCAAUGUACGGCGGUUAUGAGAAUUAUGUGGCGAUGUGGUAUGCUGCCAUGGCCCAGCAACAACAGCAACAGUCGCCUACCGCGGAUUCCAAACCGCCAGGAGCCCUCUAA